GCACAGCGGAGCUCGACUGGAGUGGAGCUCAGCCCCCAGCAACUGCUCCAAGAAAAGGAAGACCUGGAAAGGUUUGAUCGCCUGGCCCAGAAGCUCGAGGAGAAUUAUGACCAUCUCGAGGAGAACACUGUUGCCGCAAAAGCCUUAACGGACGAGUUCAACAAGAUCGCGAGCGAGGACACCGAUGAGACUCAGCUGUUCUGCGAGUAUGGCACCACCACGCUGGACUUCAAGACCUUCUCUCACGGAGAGGUGAUCACGAGGAACAGUGUUCCUGGAGUGGAAAUCACGGCACAACGGCGAGCGACUUCCCGCAAUGCUUGCACGGGCCCCUUGAUGAUCCUGAACAACCGGGAAGGUGGAGCGACGAACGAUGGCGAUCUGAAGACAUGCACGAACUGCGCGCUGCUGGUGUACUCUGAGGAUGGGGACACAACGACAGUGGAUGACUGUGCCGAGAGACCGGGGCCCAAGUUCAUCUUUGACUGGGACGCUGUGAAGGACAUCAAGAACAUCCUUCUGUGGGACCAAGAUGAUGGCAAUCAGAACACCAAGAUCCAGCUCUUCAAUGAGAAUGAUGAACUGAUCGCGGAAAAGGACGUAGAUCAGAAGAGCGGCCUCAACGGCAAAGGCAGCACCGUGGACCUGCGAGUUCGUGGCGUGAA